AUGCACGCAGGUGACGCCGACACGGACACUCCGCUGACCCCUGCGGAUGCGUCGGCUCUUCUGCUGACAGCCACGCCUUGCGCCCAGCGCUGGCGCCAGCUCCAUGCGUCGACCGCCCUCGGGCCGGAUCCACUCCUGCCUCUGGGCUGGGAGCAGCGCUCUGUCAACGGUCGUGUCUUCUACAUUGACCACAACCACCGCACGACGAGCUGGUCCGAUCCGCGCGAGAGCGGCGCUCACGCUGCUGACGACAGCCCUCCCGAGGCUUCCGCCUGGCUCCCGCUCUUUGACAGCGAGUGGGGCGUCGGGCGGGCUGGCGGCGGAGAGGGCAAAGACGGUGGCCGUGCGCCCUGCGAGGAGGACCCGUCGCCCAGCGCGGCUGCCGCCGGCGCGGAGGCGUUGCCAGCGCCUCCGCUCGAGCUGCAGGCUCUCCGCUCCGGUGCUCUGCCUCCGAGCAGCGAGCGGCUCGGCCGGCGGGCGCACCUGCAGCUGGCGGUCGCGAGGGAGGCGCUGCUCGAGGGAAGGUCGCGCAGCCACGCGGAGCGGCGGCGCGGCUACGAGCUCCUCCUGCACCGGCGGUGCCGUCUGCUGCAGGCGCUGCACGCUGCGCGGCGCGAGCGGCUGGAGGCGCGGCGGGAAGGGCGGGAGGCUGCCAGCGGGCGGGCGGGCGAGGAGGUACAGUGCGAGUGGGCGCCUCUGUACGACUCGCAGCGAGGCGAGGCGGUGGCGGCGCGGCGGCUUGGCAGCUCGGCGCACAAGCAGGCCUUGCGCGCUCUCGAGGUGGUCUCGCGCCACUGCGGCCCCGCCCUCACGGAGCUGUACACGACCCAGUGGCUCCUCAAGACGCGCUCGCACCUCGCGCGCUGCGGUUCGGUCCUCGCAUCCCUCAGCCCGCUCCAGCUGCUCGCAGCCCCAGAGGCGCACGAGCCCGACGGACCCCUCGCACUCCUCCAAGCCAAGCUGCUGCUCCUCGCCACCGAGCACGCCGCCGCCGCGCAACAGCCGCCCCAGCCGCAGCCGCCCCAGCCACAGCCGCCCCAGCCACCGCCUCAGCAGGCACUGCGGGCCCAGCAGACGGCGCAGCCUCAGCCGCCGCCACCGGUGACUGCUGCUCCGCCGCCGGUACCGACGCCGUCGCCGCCGCCCGCGCCAUCGGCGCCGCCGCCGCGCCCGCCGCCGCGGCUCGCUCUGCCGUCGGGCUCUGCGCUGCUCUCUUGGGCUCAGGGGCAGUCGUCGGCUCGCUUCCCUCGCGACCCUCGCGAUGCGUCCGGCGCCGACCCUCCUUGGGCUUGCGAUGCUCCUCGACCGGCAGCGGCGAACGGCUCCUCUGGCGGCGCUCGCGAGCUGCUGGACGCGCUGCGGGCGCUGCUGCGGCUCGCGCUGCUGCGCGGCUCCCUCUCGGACGCGCUGCGGGCUGUGCAGGCGUGUCUGCUCGUCGCGGGGUGGGGCGAGCUUGCAGCGGGUGCGGGUGCGGGGGCGAGCUUGCAGCGGGCGGCGGCGCAGGGCGAGGCGGUGGGCGCUCGAGACCUGGACACGUCUCGCGGCGUCGAGGCGCCUCGCCCGACCUGCGACGCGCUCGACCUGGUCGACGAGAUCGACGCCACGUGCAACACGCUGCUCGGCGCCGGCUGCGUCGCCGCCUCCGCCUCGCCCACCCUCGCGCGCUUCCGCUGCCACCCGGAGCUGGGCACCCGUCCGUGCCGCGCGACCCCGCCCCGGAGGGCCGCGAUGCUCGCCUCCGGCGUCGUCGAGGUGGACGUCGCCGCCGCCGCCACGCUCGCCAUCCUCGGCGACGCCGCCGUCGCCACGCUGCGCGGCGUUUGGGCCGUGGGUGCAGGCCAGCUCGGCGUCGGGCCGUGGGUGCACUCGUUCGAGUCGCUCUCUUCGCAGCCUCCUCCGAGCGAGAUGGCGAGCGAGCUCACCGCCGCAAGCCUGAGGAGAGUGCUGCAGCUCGACGGCGUCGUCCCACCGCCAAAUGCCGCCGUCGUCUACACCUGCCUCGGCCUGCUGCGGCUGCUCAAGGUGCACUUGCACGCGGUGGCCGUCUCGGGCAUAGACCCGGCGCAGGUGGGGCUCAGCUCCGACAGCGAGCCCUCCUCCCCGCGCCGCCCCACGCCGUCGCCCGCCGCGACUCCGCUCGAGUCGCCGCAGCCCACGGAGGCGCCGAUUCUCGAGGAGGGCCAGGGACCGGAGGGGCCUCAGCCGGUGGCCGCUGCCGCAGAGGCGGGCGUCGGUGGCGGCGCCGGCGGCGCGUGGGCGGGCGACGGCGGAGGGCCGGGUGGCGGGGCGAAGGGCGGCGCCUCGUCUCGUCCUGUCCUCGUCUCCGUGCGGCGGCAGCUGCUGCAGCUCGUGUGCCGAGGAGGCGCGUGGGAGGAGCCGCCCGCAGCUGCGGUGCUGGCAGCUGCGGGAGAGGGCGCGGCGGCGGGCCCGCUCGGCGCGGCGGCGCUCGGCGAGCAGCUCGCGGCCGAGGCGACGGCGGUGCUCGAAGUCGGCCGGUCCGUCUUUUUCCCUCGCACGGCUCUGCGGCAGCAGCUGCUGCUGCAGCUGCUGCCCUCGCCGCUCGCCUCGCCCCUCGCGGCGCCCCUCGCGGCGCCCUCGUGCUCCGCGGCGGAUCUGGCGGUGGGGGAGGCGGCGGCCGCGGCGGUCCCCCCUUCCGACGCCGCCUCCGGCAGGCUCCUCGCGCAUGUGCUCAUGGCUGGGUUCGCGAGGCAGCUGGGCGUGAGCGAGCUGCUGCUGCCUUGCGGCACUGGCGAGGCGGCGGCGGGCCUCGAGACCUCGCGAGGCCUCCAGCUGCUGGGCCGGCUGCUCGACUUGCUCGAGGAGGAGGCGACGGCGGGGCCCGCCGCCGUGCUCAAGGCCGACAAGGCGGCCGACACGCCGCCGCGGCGUCGGCGUCCGCCAGCGACGCUCACGCUGCUGUCGACGGCGUGGCUCGACUUGCUUGGCGGCGCGGCGGAGAGCGAAGGCCUCUCGGACCCGCGGCUGGCGGCGCUGCUCCUCUGCUCGAGAGAGCUGCUCGAGCGCGCGACCAAGCUGCUGCGGCAGCACGCCAUCCCGGGCGUGCCGCCCGCCUUGCCGCCCGGCUCCGUAUGCAGCUUCCUCCCUCUGCUGUGCAGCGGCCUCGCGCUCCUCGGCUCGCACACGGCCUCCUUCGCCGCGCCGCUGCUACCGCGCCUCUGCGCCACGCUGGAGGCUUUGCGCGCCGUGGUGCCGCCCGGCGCUGACGAGGCGCACCGCGCGCACGACUCGCUCGACGAGUGUUGUUUGGCCGAAGCGCGCGUCUGCGUCGCAGAGGCGGGCGGCAGUGCUAUCGAGCCCGACGCCGCCACGGAGGAGGGGGGAGGGGUGCAGGGGGCGCACCCCGCCCCGGGGGCUCUCGUCGCGUCGAGGCACCCGUAUGGGGAGGGCGACCGACUCGAGGUGUGGAGGGGGGCGGGCGGCGGGGCGGAGGAGGGGCUGCUCCACUCCUUCGGCGGCGGGGGCGAGGGGUGGCCGGCCGGACCCCUCGUCGUCGCGUGCGGCGAGGCGACGCUGCGGCUGCAGACCCACCUCCCGCGCGGCGACGUGAGUGGUUCCGCCGCGGGCUGCUGGGGCUUUGCCUGUGAGGUGCGCGGCUUCGACCCCUCCUUUGGCGCCUCGCUGCCCCUUCCUCUCGACUGCGAGAAGGGCAUCGCUCUGCUUGCGGCACGGUACGUCGGCGAGCAGCUCGUCGGUGAGCCGCUCUCUCCAGAGGAGGUUGCGCACGCGGCGCUGCUCGAGGGCGACAAAGCCCAUCCGCCGUGGGGCGGGGCGGCGGGCCCGUACUACCGCGUGCUACCCGCUGGCAUCGUGCACGCGCUCAUCGAGAAGCGGCAGCGGCGGGCAGUCUCGCGCGCCGAGGGGCUCGAGGCCGCGCUGCGGCUGCUGCACGCCGCGCCGUCGCGCGCCUCGCGCGCCGAGCUCCUCACCGCUCUCGCGCGCGCCUUCCGCCGCUUCGGCUCGGACGGCCCCUCCCGGGGCAGCCUCUUCUUUGGUGGCUGCUCUGGCUGCGGCGAGCCGGUCUGGAGCCGGCUGAGGGUGAGCCUCGUCGGCGUGCUGUCGCUGCUGGGCGAGUGGCUCCGCGCCGCCGUCGAGGGCUUGGGCGGCGGUCCACCGCGACUGCCGCAGGAGGGGGCGAGCGACGGGGCGAGCGACGAGGCUUGGCUGCGGCUGCUCGCUGCGCCGUGGCUCGUCCCGCUCGGGCGGCGCGACGGCGCGCUGCUCUGCAACGAGAGCAUCGACGUCGCCGCGCUGCUGGACCGGCUGCGGCGGAGCCGCCACCCAGUCGGCAGCCAGCUCUACGAGCACCUGGAGUGCUUGCUCGGCCUCCUCACCUCGGAGCUUGUGUGCUUCGCGGACGAGGCUGCGCGUCUCACCGGCAGAGGCGCCGCGCCCGAGUUGCCAACCACGUCCGCCGAUGCCGCGGAGGAGGCGGGGGAGGAGGCGGGGGAGGAGGCGGGGGCGGAGGCGGGGGAGGAGGCGGGGGAGGAGGCGGGGGAGGAGACGGCGGCGGCGGAGGAGGAGGAGGCGGAGGGCGUGGUCUGCCCGCUCCUCUCGCUCCUCCUCUCGAUCUGCGGCUGCGAGGCGGCGGUGCGGCACCUCGCGGGUGACGAGACUCUCGCAGCGCUGGGCGUCCUUGCGCGCAGUGGCCGCCCACAGGCAGUCACCCUCUCGCUGCGCCUGCUGCGCUGCGCCCUCCCGUUCUCGCUCUCUCUGGCGGAGCCGAGCCGCUUCUGUGGCGAGGCGGCCUUCCCCGUCGGCACAGCCCUCCUCGAGGCCAUCGGGCGGGAGGCGUGCGGUGGCGCGCGCCCGGUCUUCGGCGCUCGCCGGCCACGCGGGCAGCCCGGCGGGCCCGUGCUGAAUGAGAUGGUUGCGCUGGCACGGCACCGGCUGCUCGGAGGCGGCGGCGCGAGCGGCCGCAGGGAGGGCGGCAGUGAGGGCUGCAGUGAGGGCGGCGCGGGGGGUGGCGACGCGGGCGAUCGCUCCAUGGCCGCAGCGCUCAACGAGGGCUUGGCGCGCUUUGGCGCCGUGCUCCGCCAGCUGCUCGAUAACGAUGAGCCGCAAGGCGCAGCAGCGGAGCAAGGCGCGCACGAGCCCGGCCUCUACCCGGGCGGCCAGGCGCAAGCCGGCCACGGAGAGGCGAGCGCCGCGAUUGGGGCCGCACGGCCGCGGUGCUGCUCGAGCUCGGCGCGGAGAGCGCUCUGCUCGGCGCCGCCGCCGAGGGCGCCGCACGCGCGCCCCCUCGUCGAGCUGCUGCACAGCCGCCGCCUCAAGCUGCUCCACGCGUUGCUCGACGGGGGCAGCCAAGCCGCCACAACGAAGCUGCUCCACCACGGCGGGUUGCGCCUCCUCCUUGCCGCCGCCAUCACGCCGCCGCCGCUCGCGGGCGGUGCGUCGCACGAGGCGAGUCGGCUGGAGCAGGCGCUGCUUGCGUGCGAGGCGGGGCUGGCGGCGGGCUGCGACGGGUGCGGACCGCCGCGCAAGGCGGCGCGAGGGCGGCGUGGCGGCUGCUGCGCAUGGGAGGCGGAGCUGGGGCCUGAGCUCGACGCUGGCGAGAAGCUGCUGCUGCUCUGCGCGCAGGGCUUCGAGGAGGAAGUGAGCCGCGAGGCGCUCGAGCUGUCCGGCGGCGACGUGGGCCGCGCGGCGGAGUGGCUCGAGGCGCUGGAGGCGGCCCUCGGCGGGCGGGACACGCACGACGCGGACGCGUCCCUGACGGGUCCGCGACACGCCCCGCAGGCGGCGCUCGACGAGGGGCAUCCGGCGCCCCUCCCGUCGGAGGAGCUGUGCCGCGACGCGCUCGCCCGCUCCAGCUACGACUUGCAGCUCGCCGCCGAGUACUUGCUCGGCGCUCCGGCCGCCGCUGCGUCGGGCGGCGGCGGAGGCGAGCAGCCACCGCCGCCGCCGCAGGUUGGCGCGGUGGUGGACGUGUCGGACGAGACUGGCGAGUGGCACGAGGCGGAGGUCCUCGCGGUGCGGGGAGGCGGGCAGCAGGUCCGCGUCCUCUUCCUCGGCUGGCCGCAGGAGUGGGCCGAGUGGGUCGGCGCGCAGCCCGGGCCGCAGAGCCGCGUCCGGCCGCGAUCGGGCGGUGCCGGUCGCGGGACUUGGGCGCUGGCUCGCUCUGUGGCCUCCGCCGACCAGCCGCAAGCCCAGCCGCCCUCCGACGGCGAUGGCGCGGAGGCUGUGGCCGCCGCGACUCCGUCGCCGCCGGCGCCGCCGCGCCCCCUGAAGGAGCGGCGCGAGCGGGCGGGCGGCUCUUGGUUCCGGCGCAGCCUCUCCUCGAGCCGCCGCCUCGCCGCGGUCUCGCAGCGGCCCUCGCGCACUUGCCCGUCGCCUGGGCACGACUUUUACCCCUCCGACACCGGCGUCGCGCGCCUCGUCGCCGCCCUCCCCGCCGCCCUCCCGGCCGCCCUCCCCGCCGCCCUCCCCGCCGGCGGCAGCGGCGGCGGCGCCGCCGCCGGCGGCAGUGGCGUUGCGUCCACCUCCUCCUGCUCCGGCGGCUUCGCCCCUCCUCUUGGCGGCGGCGGCGAUCCGCCGCUCGCCGCUCGAUGCGGCCCUUGGCCGUUCUCGUGCCCCGGCGAGGACAGCACCCUCAGCCAACGGGCGCGGCUGCGGCAGGCCGCCGCGCUGCACCGCCGCGUCGGAGAAUCUCGGGUGGCCCCGGGCGAGCCGGAGGACGUGCUCGCGCUCGCCAAGUUGGCCCUCCGCGGGACCGGCUCCACGCCGCUCGCGCCGCUCGCCGACUCCGCAGAGGCUGCCGCCGGCCACUCG